GGUCACAGUAAACCUUUGAACACAAGCAGACAGUUAUAUCACAAUAUACCUGUAUAUAAUGUAUUAUGUUAUAAUAGAUUAGAUUACUGUUGGCAAGUCCAGUCCAUUUUAUGUGCAUGUGUGCAUUUUAGGCACACAUUUAAAGGAUUUGAAAACAGAGGAGACGCCAAUGAAUCCAAUUAUUUUGAAGCACAAAAGCGGAAAUGAACACUGCGCUAUUGCUGUGUUUUGCGUUCACUGGCAGAACAGUGCUCUCUGGCAUCCAUCCUGAUAUGAGCAAACAGUGUGAGAAAGUCAGCCUUGCAGCUCAGGUCUCAUGUCAACACUGGAAUUGAUGAAAAAGGACUGUUUUGCAUCAAGGACACUGUCCUCUGCUUCUUUAAAAAGAAGAUUUAUCAGAAAGAGGAGAGUCGCUCCAAGGGCCAACUCUAAGGAUGUGAACACAGAAUGUCAGCUGUGCAGGUGUUCCAUAUUGUCCAAAUCUGGCAGUGGGCGUAUGGUUCGACGGAUUCUAACGGCGUGCCUGCUCUCUUUCCUGGCCCUGCUUGGUUCUGUAUCCAUCGACCUCAGCUCCAACUUUGACCUGCUCCACUCCGCACAAGCUGCUUAUGAAGAGCUGACUUCAUGCAGGGCCGUAGUCAUCUCGCACCUCCUCGACAAGCUUCAAAUGAUGCGCCACCUGUUAAGAAAAGACAUGGCGAACGAGGCAUUCGGUGCUAACGCUUCUGCGGGUUUAUCUCCCGUGUUUGAUCUCUGUGGUGAGAUAGUGGCUCACAGUGAUGGCUAUGGGCUACCGUGCGAUGGUGAGGUGGCUGCAAUAUGCCGGGAGUUGGAGAGGAGUGUUCAUGGAUUACUUAAUGCUUCAUUCGAUAAUGAAACAAGUGAAAACCACACGUCUGCUCUGUCUGUGUUCAUUGGAGGACUUUUUGAUAUGUGGGGAACAGUAGAAGAUACUUUAAGCAAAGCCAAACACGACUCGAACUGGAGAGAUGUUCUUGCUGCAAGGCUUCUGCUCAUAUUCAAAGAGCUCAACUACCAGCUGAUGGACUUCCCCCACAUGGCUGAUCUACCUGACUUCCAGGACAAGUGGAUUUUUUUGUUAAAGCACUUAAGCUUUGCUGCAGUUCUGACAGAACAACUGAAUGACUGCUGGUUAGAGAACAUAGACCAAAAAUUUAACUCACGCCAGCAUUUCAAACAUAUUCCUGACACAAACAUGUGGGAGUUCUCUCCAGGAAAAGAGCUACCCGGGUCCCGCGUUGGACUUCAAGCUCUGACAGACACCCAGCAGUGUUUGUUUGGCCGUGCAGUGCCAGUACUCAGAAUGGCGUCCCGGUCGUUGUCCUCAAGCCUCAGUAUGAAGAUCAGCCUGCUGGCAAUCGCCUGCCUCAGCUACCCAGUGGUCAUGUUCUCCUUUAAGCAGAUGACUGAGUGGAUCCAAAACUAUACCGACAGUUUAAAGGAGAAGACGAAGGACCUGAGGCGUCAGAGACAGCGGGCCGAAGACCUGCUGCACCAAAUGCUGCCAAAAUCCGUAGCCAAACAGCUUCGCCGGCAUAAACAUGUAGAGGCCGAGAGCUAUGAGAAGGUGACAAUUUUUUUCUCAGACAUCGUUGGCUUCACCUCCAUCUCAGCAUCCUGUACUCCUCUACAAGUGGUGGAAAUGCUCAACAACCUCUACAUGUGUUUUGACACACGCAUCGACUCUUAUGACGUGUACAAGGUUGAAACAAUUGGUGAUGCAUACAUGGUGGUGAGUGGUCUACCGGAGAGGAAUGGGGACAGACAUGCUGAUGAGAUUGCUAAAAUGGCUCUGGAUCUGGUUGCAGCUGUCAGACAGGUGUCCAUCCCUCACAUGCCCAACCAGAGGCUGCAGCUUCGAGCUGGAAUCCACACAGGUCCAUGUGUGGCCGGAAUAGUGGGCUACAAGAUGCCAAGAUAUUGUCUGUUUGGGGAUACGGUGAACACGGCAUCUAGAAUGGAGUCUACCAGCCUGCCUCAGAGAAUCCAUACGAGCUCGGAAACGUACUUGGCCCUUGUCAAAGACAACGCCUACGAGCUGGAGCUCCGUGGAGAGAUUGAAGUUAAGGGUAAAGGCAAAAUGAGCACUUACUGGUUGAUUGGCCAUAAAAACUACAGUGUCCAGAAUAACAGUCUGGUUUGCCAUUGGAAUCCCAACAAGGCGAGGAAAAAGAAGGCAGUAGCAAGCAGUGAUGUCUCUGUGGACAAUUCAUCAGUGACGGUGCAGAGCCUCAGUGAAAACGCCACCACCCCAGUCUCCCUUCCGUCCUCAGUGUCCCAUCAAACCCCACCACAGCCUCGAUCUGAUCAGCCAGGCCUGAGUGUAACAGUUCAGAUGGGGCCUUCAGGCAGCAGCGAUGGCACCCCAGACUCCAUGAUUGGGGGACUGCAGGGAAGGUUGGAGCCCUCUCAGCCUUGCCAAUCCAGAAGCAAUGGUGAAGACAAACAUGACCUUCUGCCUGGCUAUGAAAACUACAACAACAACAACCUCCUUAGGCAGCCCUGGACAUUAUUUAGCAGAAUUAGGGAGUCAUAACAACAUUGUUUGUCUUUGUUGGUAUAGCGUGUUUAGUACGUCUACCUCACAGCUAGGUGAUCCUGGGUUCGAAUCUCGGCUCAGGCCUCUCUGUGGAGUUUUCAUGUUCUUUCAUUGCUUGCGUGGCUUUCCACAAACAUGCAUGUUGACUACCAAACCCAUAUGUGUGAAAGUUUAUUUGUCAGUGUGUACCCUGUGAUCGCCUGGUGACCAGUCCAGGGUUUAGUUUGCCUUUUGCCCGCAGUCAGAUAGGAUAGGUUCCAGCUCACCUGUGACCCUAACAUGAUAAGCGGUGCAGAAAACGGAAUGGGCUCAUUCCUUAGUUUUCUUUUUCCAUUAAAGGUUUUGUACUAUGUCCACCAGAGGGCCCCCAAGACCUGCUGAAAAACCCAGUCAGCACUUUACCUCGGUGUGUGCCAAUUUAGGACUGCAGCGAUAUCUUACACUCAGUUUGUACGCAGCAGUAUUACUCAGUGUCAAAACGUUUUACAAAAUCAUUGGGCUUUGGUGUCUGAUUGACUUUUAAGAGCAGUCAUACAGCCAUAGUCAUCACUAUGCAUCAUCAGAUGUUGUAAAUACUACAGACUAAAUGGCUCUUAUUCUUAUUUACAUCAUUUUUAUUGACUUAUUUAGAUAACGUUCUAGUCUACACAGCCGUCUAUUUCACUCAAACAUGCAAUACAGUAAUCCCUUGCCGCUUCGCACUUCGAAUUUCGUGACUUCCCUCGAUUAUGGUUUUUCAAAAAUGUAAUAAUGAAGAAAUCGUGCUGUUUCAUGGCUGAAUACGUACGGAGCCCCGGAGGGGACAUUGAGAAAAAAAUAUGAUGGGUAAAAAAAACAAACAAACAACAAACUUUUUCGAGGUAACGCAAAAGAGACUGCGGUAAAGUUAGAAACAUAUUCACAUACUCACACUUCAUCAAUAACGCAAUAACUCUCAAGUGAAUGGUUCUAACACAGUAAACCAUACCUCUUUCCAACCGUGGCAACACAGACAAACAGCUACAACCCAGUUUUUAUCAAAACGAGCCGCCUUCUGUGCAGUCUGACUUAUAUUGAUCUCUAUGAGAAGCCGGCCGCGAGACCGGAGCGCAGGGACCGUCUACAAAUGUCUUCUUUUUCUUCUGUAUUCUGUACUUCUGUGAAUAUGUCUGAAAUGGCUUAUUUACGUUUAUUAUGUCUACUAUAUUGCCUAAUAUUAUAAUUAUAUAUAACUGGGUAAUAUAACAUUGGGUUGUAAGCUCUGCUGCUUCCGACUCCUUUUUGUGGAACUGUUGCAUUCCUAUGUAAAUUUGUAGGCGUGAAAUAAACAAACUGAACUGAAUAGGGAUGUAAAGGUGACUAUAGAGGUGUUAGUUCAUGUCUAGAGUGCUGUAGUAAUGUUAAAAACUGUGUUUUUUAUGCUCUAACUACAAAAAAUAUAAUAAGUAAUAAUACUGUAUAAAUGUAUACGGAAUCCUACUUUGCGGAAAUUCACUUAUCACAGUCGGGUCUGGAACCAAUUAGCCGGGAUAAAUGAGGGAUUACUGUACUAUUAUUGUCCAUAAUCUUUGUCUAUGAAUGUACUUGAUGGAUCAGUUUUAUAUCAUACAUACAUACAUACAGUUUUCCCCAUGAGUUUUUAAUCUCACUUAUGUGUUAAAAUAGUACAUGUUCUACUACAUGUGUACAUGUACACGUGUUAAUAUUGUACAUUACAGUAGGUAAAUGUCUUUCAGUGAUGUGCAUACUACAGGGCGACAGGGGUGAAUGCACAGCAACGUCCGAAUGCUAAAAAUAUAGAAAUGAUUAAAAUCAAACACGCACAAAUGCCAUAAAACAAAUGCAACAGUUGUGCCAACGUAAUAGUAGUUUUCAGUGGUGUAAACAAGCUGCGCAAGAUCAUACUGAGAGGGGUUCAUAAUAUUUUGGUCAUGCUAUUAUAAUUAUGAAGUGAACAGUGGGGGUCUUCGCAGCCUGAGACCACGCCGCUGAACAACAUCUGAACCCAGUAGGAGGCCAGUUGGAGGGAAAAUGUUGCUAAAGAGCUUUUAAUGACAUUCUUAAUGUCUUCAAGACAGUUCAACUUCGUCUGUUGCUUUCAGAGCAAUUCGGUGUUGUGCUGUGUUGCACUCCCAGCUACUUUCACAUACUGUUUGACUUAAUGUGGCAAAUCUGAAACAAAUAGCAACACAAAUGGCAAACGAGAGUAAACAUGAAAGAUCUAAGUCGUCAGCGUUGGGCACAGCCUUAGAACUGAAUUGUUGCUGUCCACUGAUAACCCAGUUCAAGCCGUGUUACGAUGAUUUUGACUUUUUAUAAUAUAUCGCGAUUCUGUAUGUAUCUAAACAACCCAUAUCUCCACCGAUGUCCUUUAGACGCAUCAUUCCGCUUCAGCGCACAGAAGACACUGUUGUGAGAGAGCCUUUACUUUGUUUUUAGUAGAACGAGUGCUGACA